UGUCCUUAAAGUCUAUCGAACCGACAACCGACGUCCCAAAGUGUUUUUGAUACAAUGUCGUCGGCAUCUCGUUUGGCAAUUUAGCAUAAUUUAAAACGUCAUAUCGUUGCUUGAAGUGUCUACUACUGGUCAUGCCAACACCUGGCUUCAAGUUCUAUAGAGUUCGACAAAAACAAGCCAACUAUCACUCUGAAAAAUAUAGAAGGAAGAGAGAGAGAGAGAGAGAGGUUUACUUGUAGUCAAUGUUGUAUCUGAAACCUGGGUUUCUUGAAGAACCCUUGUAGACUAUUUAUUCAACCGCCAACCAAAUUCACUGUUCUAAUGGAAAAAACAGCUUUGCACUCAUUUCAUCUCCUUCUGCUAAUGCUUUUUCUUGCUAUCCAUCAUUCAGACCAGUGGCUGCAACCCUCUCAAACUCAAGCCCUCCUAAAAAACUUGCAACUUCUUAACUACCAACCAGCUUUGAGUAGCUUCCAUGAUACCACAGACUUCUGUAGCAUUGAACCAACCCAAUCUUUUACUGUAGUGUGCUAUGAAAGCAACAUAACACAGUUGCACAUUAUUGGCAACAAUGGGUUUCCUCCACUUACUGAAAAUUUCUCCACAGAUACUUUCUUUGCAACUCUUAAAGGUCUAUCAAGCUUAAAAGUGCUCUCUCUGGCUUCUCUGGGCUUAUGGGGGUCACUACCUGGAAGUAUUGGUGAUUUAUCUUCACUGGAGAUAGUGAAUGUAAGCUCAAAUUACCUCAGUGGUGAUAUUCCAGUACAACUUUCAUCUUUGAAGAACCUCCAAACAAUCAUCCUUGACAAUAACAAGUUCACUGGUCGAGUACCUGUUUGGCUUAGUUCACUCCCAGUUCUGUCUGUACUGAGUCUAAAGAACAAUAUGCUUUGGGGGUCUCUGCCAAUUUCUCUGACAACUUUGCAGUCUCUAAGAGUUCUUGCUCUCUCAAACAACAACUUGGCAGGAGAAGUGCCUGAUCUUAGCAACUUGACAAACCUUCAAGUUCUGGAUUUGGAAGCUAACUCUUUCGGGCUUCAUUUUCCUACUUUACCUACUAAGUUGGUUUCUCUAGUGCUCAGAAACAACAGGUUUCGAUUUUCCAUACCUGCUGAAUUAGGCUCCUAUUAUCAACUUCAAAAGCUGGACAUUUCUUUAAAUGCAUUUGUUGGUCCCUUCUUACCAUCCUUAUUGUCACUGCCUUCAAUUAAUUACCUUGAUAUCUCGGGAAACAAGUUCACAGGGAUGCUGUUCCAAAACAUGACUUGCAAUUCUGAGCUUGUUUUUGUCAAUUUGACCUCAAAUCUUUUGACAGGAGAAUUACCAACUUGUUUGCAUUGGGAUACCAAAAGCAGGGUUGUUCUGUAUGCUAGAAAUUGUUUGUCAAAUGAAGCUCAAGAUCAGCAUCAUUCUAACUUUUGUUACAAUGAAGCACUUGCAGUGACAGUUCCUCGUGAACAAAAGAAUAAGAAACCUUAUGCUAAAGCAGUUCUUGCAUCAAGUACAGCUGGAGGGAUUAUGGGAGGAAUUGCAAUUGUUGGAGUAGUUUUCUUGGCUGUCAGGAAGGUACACAGUAAGGCUACUUUUAAAGCACCAUCAACAAGGUCAAUAACAGAGCAUGUAUCACCAAUAAACACGGCAAAACUACUUUCAGAUGCAAGGUAUAUAUCACUAACAAUGAAGCUGGGAGCUAGCCUUCCUGCUUAUCGAAGCUACGCUUUGGAGGAGCUUAAGGAGGCUACAGAUAACUUUGAUGCAUCAUCUCUCAUAGGUGAAGGUUCACAUGGUCAGGUAUACAAAGGGAAGCUCUCUGAUGGAACUUUUAUUGCUAUAAGAUGCUUGAAAAUGAGAAAGAGAUACAGCCCCCAGACCUAUACGCACCACAUUGAGAUGAUUUCAAAACUCAGACACUGCCAUUUGGUUAGCUCUCUUGGACAUUGCUUUGAGUGCUACCAGGAUGAUUCAAGCAUGAGCAGAAUAUUUCUUAUAUUUGAAUUUGUUCCAAAUGGAACACUAAGAAGCUACAUCUCAGGACUUCCCAAACAAAGAUUUACUUGGACACAAAGAAUAGCAGCUGCAAUUGGAGUUGUGAAGGGUAUUCAAUUUCUGCACACAGGGAUUGUUCCGGGGGUAUAUUCAAAUAACCUGAAGAUAACAGAUGUGUUAUUGGAUAAUAACCUUCAAGUCAAAAUAAGCAGUUAUUAUAAACUGCCUCUGUUAGCCGAAAAUAGGGGAACGAUGGGUGCUGUACUUUCAUCCCCUGGAUCAAGAGUAAGUUCUCAAGCAAGGGUGAAACGUGAGGAUGAGAAUGAUGUCUAUGACAUAGGAGUUAUCUUACUAGAGAUCAUUUUGGGAAGGUCAAUCAUGUUCUACAAUGAAGUCAGCGUUUUAAAAGAUCUUUUACAAGUAAGCAUAACCACUGAUGAUAUAGCGCGAAGGAGUAUCGUUGAUCAUACAGUUCACAAGGAGUGCUCAGACAAAUCAUUGAAGACAGUGAUGGAGAUAUGCGUCAGGUGUCUUUCCAGUAAACCAAGUGAUAGACCUACUGUUGAAGAUGUUCUUUGGACUUUGCAGUUCGCAGCACAGGUCCAGGAUUCAUGGAGAGAAGACACUCUGAACCAUGAAGACUAAGCCAUGUCAUUAUCCUGACAAAACUUUCAAUGUCUUAAGCUUGCAUGAGUUAGUGUGCAGUGUAUGUCUUGGGGACAAGUCGAGCUAAUGCUAUACAAAGCAUAUAAGGAAUUAAGGAUCAUAAGGCAA